UUAAAACUUUUAAUCUUCUUCCUUCUUUCCUUUUUUUUCUUUCUCACAAGACAACCAUUUUUCUUCAAAAAUUAAUUUUGGAAGGAGAUUGAAGUUUGAAGUUCAUAAAUUAUUACAUUUUCUCAGUGGGAAAAAAGAUUAUACAAAUUUUAUAAAAGAAAAAAAAAUUGAAAGAAGACUUUGUGUUGCAGAAAACAGAGAAAAGCAGAGUUUAGUGCAACUGGGUAGAUUUGAUUUUUGGGUUUAAUUAAAGAAAAACAAGGGUAUUUUGAUUUGGGUUUUUGUGAUUAAUUUGGGAUUGAUUAAGAACAUUGGGAUUUUGAUGAAGUGAAAUUAAUUGUAGGAAGGUGCAAAAAAAGCCCAGAUCGACAAGUAAUCAGGGUACUUUGAUCUGAAUUAAAUCAAAAUGGCUGCUUCCGUCACUUUAUCUGUUGGAUCUCUGGUUUGGAUUGAGGACCCUGAUGAUGCUUGGAUAGACGGUGAAGUGGUUGAGAUUAAAGGUGAAGAUUUAAAGGUCCUUUGCACUUCAGGGAAAACGGUUGUAAUUCAUGCUUCAAAUGCAUAUCCCAAAGACCCAGAAGCCCCUCAAUGUGGGGUGGAUGACAUGACAAAGUUGGCUUAUUUACAUGAACCUGGAGUUUUGCAAAACUUGAAAUCUAGAUAUGAUAUUAACGAAAUAUAUACUUAUACUGGGAGUAUUUUGAUAGCUAUAAAUCCUUUCAGAAAACUACCUCACUUGUAUGACGUACAUAUGAUGGAGCAAUAUAAAGGGGCCGGUUUUGGUGAGCUAAGUCCACACCCUUUUGCAAUUGCAGACGCUUCAUACCGGCUUAUGAUGAAUGAGGGCAUCAGCCAGUCGAUUUUAGUCAGUGGGGAAAGUGGGGCUGGUAAAACAGAAAGUACAAAAUUGCUUAUGCGUUAUCUAGCCUAUAUGGGUGGUCGAGCUACUGCUGCUGAAGGAAGAAGUAUUGAACAAAAAGUUCUCGAGUCUAAUCCAGUACUGGAAGCGUUCGGUAAUGCGAAGACUGUCAGAAAUAAUAACUCGAGUCGUUUUGGGAAGUUUGUUGAGAUCCAAUUUGAUAAGAAUGGAAGAAUAUCUGGAGCAGCAAUAAGAACAUAUUUGUUGGAAAGAUCACGUGUUUGUCAAGUAUCUGAUCCAGAGAGAAACUAUCAUUGUUUCUACAUGCUUUGUGCUGCACCAAAAGAGAUUGUCCAGAGAUACAAGUUGGGUAACCCAAGAACGUUUCAUUAUCUGAACCAAUCAAAUUGUAUUGAGUUGGAUGGGGUUGACGAUGGCAAAGAAUACCUUGCAACAAAAAGGGCAAUGGAUGUGGUUGGAAUUAGCCCCGAGGAGCAGGACGCAAUUUUUAGGGUUGUGGCUGCUGUCCUUCAUUUGGGAAACAUUGAAUUUACAAAGGGGAAGGAAAUGGAUUCAUCUGAGCCUAAAGAUGAGAAGUCCCGAUUCCAUUUGCAAACUGCUGCUGAACUUUUCAUGUGUGAUGCAAAGGCUCUGGAAGAUUCUCUUUGUAAACGCAUAAUGGUGACUCGUGAUGAGACUAUAACCAAAUCUUUGGAUCCAGAGUCUGCUGCAUUGAGUAGAGAUGCUUUGGCUAAAAUUGUAUACUCAAGGUUGUUUGACUGGCUCGUGGAUAAAAUUAAUUCUUCAAUUGGCCAAGAUCCUAAUUCAAAAUCCAUAAUUGGAGUGCUGGAUAUCUAUGGAUUUGAGAGUUUCAAGAUAAACAGUUUUGAGCAAUUCUGCAUAAAUUUAACGAAUGAGAAGCUUCAGCAACAUUUUAAUCAGCAUGUCUUCAAGAUGGAGCAGGAGGAAUAUGAAAAAGAAAAAAUUAAUUGGAGCUACAUUGAAUUCAUUGAUAAUCAAGAUGUUCUGGAUCUAAUUGAAAAGAAACCUGGUGGAAUCAUUGCGCUUCUGGACGAAGCUUGUAUGUUCCCGAGAUCAACACACGAGACAUUUGCACAGAAGUUGUAUCAGACAUAUAAAAAUCAUAAACGGUUCAGCAAGCCUAAAUUAGCUCGUAGUGAUUUUACUAUCUGCCACUAUGCUGGUGAUGUUACCUAUCAAACUGAACUAUUUCUGGAUAAGAACAAGGACUAUGUUGUUGCUGAACACCAAGCGCUUUUGUGUGCUUCCAGUUGUACCUUUGUUGCAAAUUUGUUUCCACCUUUAACAGAGGAAUCUUCCAAGUCAUCUAAAUUUUCAUCAAUAGGUACUCGUUUUAAGCAACAAUUGGUAAACCUACUUGACACCCUGAAUGCUACUGAACCACAUUAUAUACGCUGUGUGAAGCCGAAUAAUCUUCUAAAGCCAGCAAUUUUUGAGAAUCAGAAUGUUCUCCAACAGUUACGCUGCGGGGGAGUCUUGGAGGCUAUUAGGAUUAGCUGUGCUGGAUAUCCCACUAGGAAACCCUUCCUCGAGUUUCUAGACCGGUUUGGUAUUCUUGCACCAGAAGUCCUAGAUGGAAGUUCUGAUGAAGUCACAGCAUGCAAGCGGCUCCUGGAGAAAGUGGGACUUGAAGGCUAUCAGAUUGGUAAGACGAAAGUUUUCCUCAGGGCUGGUCAGAUGGCUGAUUUAGAUGCUCGGAGAACUGAGGUGCUAGGACGAUCAGCAAGUAUCAUCCAAAGGAAAGUCCGUUCUUAUUUGGCUCGCAGAAGCUUUAUAUUGCUACGCCGUUCAGCAGUACACAUACAAGCUCUCUGUAGAGGUCAACUUGCUCGUCAUGUAUACGAGGGCUUGAGGCAAGAGGCUGCAUCCUUGAGAAUUCAAACAGCUUUACGGAUGCAUCUCGCUCGAAAAGAGUACAGGAGAGUGUGUUGUUCUGCUCUUAUCAUACAAACUGGAAUGCGUGGUAUGGCCGCUCGUAACGAGAUUCGGUUCAGAAGACAGACUAGAGCUGCCAUAUUUAUUCAGAGCCACUGUCGCAAACUCUUAGCUCGUCGGAGUUUCUUGAAAUUGAAGAAAGCAGCCAUUAGUACCCAAUGUGCAUGGAGGUGUAAAGUUGCACGUAAAGAAUUGCGCAACCUUAAGAUGGCUGCACGAGAGACGGGUGCUCUUCAAGCUGCUAAAAAUAAACUAGAAAAGCAAGUUGAGGAGCUCACAUGGCGCUUACAACUGGAGAAACGCAUGAGGGCUGAUAUGGAAGAAGCUAAAACACAAGAGAACAGGAAGCUACAAGCUGCAUUACAGGAGAUGGAGCUUCAAUUUAAGGAAACUAAGGAGUUGCUUGUGAAGGAACGUGAGAUUGCGAAAAACAUUGUUGAGCAUGUACCCGUUGUGCAUGAAGUGCCAAUUAUUGACAAUGCUAUGGUUGAGAAGCUUACUGCGGAAAACGAGAAACUUAAGGACUUAGUCAGCUCGCUAGAGAGGAAAAUUGAUGAAACCGAGAAGAAAUUUGAAGAAACAAGCAAACUCAGUGAAGAACGAUUGAAACAGGCACUUGAUGCUGAAUCAAAGAUGAUAAAAUUGAAGACUGACAUGCAAAGGCUUGAAGAGAUAAUCUUUGACAUGGAAUCAGAAAAUAAGAUCCUUCGGCAGCAAUCAUUGAUUACUGCUCCUGGGAAGUCAUUGUCGGAGUUAACUCCAGUAUCUGUUUCUCCGAAAAUGCCAAAUGGUCAUUUACUCAGUGAAGAUUCCAGAGUGAAUGAACCACAAAGUACAACACCUGUGAAGAAAUUAGAUUUUGAGUCAGAACACAAAUUACCUCGACCACACAUUGAACGCCAACAUGAAAAUGUUGAUGCUCUUAUCAAUUGUGUGUCAAAAAAUAUUGGCUUCAGUCAAGGAAAGCCUGUGGCAGCGUUUACAAUUUACAAGUGUCUCCUUCAUUGGAAAUCUUUUGAAGCCGAGAGGACUAGUGUGUUUGACCGCCUCAUCCAGAUGAUUGGCUCUGCCAUUGAGAACCAAGAUGAUAAUAACGAGCAUAUGGCUUAUUGGCUGUCAAAUACGUCAGCUUUGUUAUUCCUUCUACAAGGGAGCCUUAAAGCUUCAGGUUCUUCCAGUAAUACAGCGCAGCGCAAACCUCCGCCUCCGACAUCCCUCUUCGGAAGGAUGACUAUGGGUUUUCGUUCCUCUCCUUCUUCCAAUAGCCUUGCUGCAGCAGCAGCUAAUGCUGUUCUUCAAGUGGAUGCCAAAUACCCAGCUUUGCUAUUCAAGCAGCAGCUGACUGCGUAUGUCGAGAAAAUUUAUGGUAUUAUUCGUGACAACUUGAAGAGGGAGUUAUCAUCGUUGCUUUCCUUGUGUAUCCAGGCGCCUAGAACAUCCAAAGGAGGUGCUCUAAGAUCUGGUCGAUCUUUUGGGAAAGAGUCUGCGGUAAAUCAUUGGCAAACCAUUAUUGAGAGCCUCAACUCACUUCUCAACUUGCUGAAAGAAAAUUUUGUUCCAUCAGUUCUUUGUCAGAAAAUAUUUACCCAGAUAUUCUCGUAUAUCAACGUACAACUCUUCAAUAGUCUAUUACUACGUCGUGAGUGCUGUACUUUUAGUAACGGGGAAUAUGUAAAAGCUGGAUUAGCUGAGUUAGAACUGUGGUGUGCCCAAGCAAAGGAAGAGUAUGCGGGUGCGUCGUGGGAGGAACUAAAACACAUACGACAAUCUGUUGGGUUUCUGGUUAUACAUCAAAAGUACAGGAUCUCUUACGAUGAGAUAACUAAUGAUCUCUGCCCCGUGUUAAGCGUGCAACAAUUGUACAGAAUUUGUACCUUGUAUUGGGAUGACAAUUAUAAUACUCGAAGCGUGUCUCAGGAUGUCAUCUCUAGCAUGAGAGUCUUAAUGACCGAGGACUCCAACAAUGCUGAUAGUAAUUCCUUUUUGCUAGAUGAUAGUUCUAGCAUUCCCUUCUCUGUCGACGACAUCUCCAGUUCAAUGACGUCAAAGGAUUUUGCAGACGUAAGACCAGCCGAAGAGCUUCUCGAGAACUUAGACUUCCAGUUUUUACAUGAGUGAGGUUUUAGAAACUCUAGACUCUUCGAGCAAUCCGAUUCCCAAAGGCAACGGUUACGAUCAUUUCAUUUAUUUGUUUGGAGUCGCAUCGGCCAUGGAGAUAGAUUUAUUUUAUUCUUUCACACCACAUACUUGUAAAUUGUCAUAGAGUAGAAGGGUUGAAUCGUAGAACACUGUUAUUCUCCCUUUUAUGUAUUGCCAAUUUUGGCUCCCAAAAUUUAUUAGUCGGGAGCAAGGUUGUUUUGUUAUUGUGUUAAUUAUAUCUUUGAAUUAUAUUUUUGUAUAAAGAAACAAUGCAUAGAAUUAUAUUGAAAACAAUAUAAAAGCAAUUAAAUAUGUUUUAUUAGAUCUUUU